CACUGACGGGGGAGAGACCUGUAUGUAAACAAUACAGUCCUCUCCCCUGUCAGCUCCUGCACACUGCUUUGUAUGGCUCUGCAUAGCAGAGCCAUACAAAGCAGUGUGCUUACACAGUAAAGCACACACACACAACACACAGUAAAGCACACACAGCACACAGUUAACCCUUUGACUGCCCCAGAUGUUAACCCCUUCCUACCCAGUGCCAUUAGUACAGUGUCAGUGCUUUUUAUUAGCACUGAUCGCUGUAUUGGUGUCACUGGGGAUGUCAGUGACAGUCAGUUCCCCCCAGUGUCAGAAUGCUCGUCGCAGUCCCACUAAA